CAGAAACAUGGAAUCAUACUGUUGUUUGGAUAAAAAUCCUAAGUCGCCCCAAAACUUUUUUUUUUUUUUUUGGGGGGGGGUAACAAAUUGUGAUAAAUUGUGGAUCACAAUCGAAUGGAAUACAACUGAUGAACAAGUACUCUACUGUAUUUUCUUUUUAUGAAAGGUUGUUGUUUCGGCCGCUAGAGGGCGCUUUCACGUUUAAAUCACUUGGACAUUUCUAAUACUUCCCCCCCAAAAAUUGAGUGAGCCACACAUUAAUGUGCACAUGAUGAUGAUGAUGAUGAUGAUGAUGCGACGCGUUUGCGCGCCAGCCGGCUCCGUGCAGCUUGCAUCUUGAGCUGCAGCUGCAGGACGGCAGCCCGCCGGAAAAAGAAGAAGAAGACGAUGGGCGGGUGGGGGCUUGAUGCCACGGGCUUUCGGCGCCCCGCUCAUCCGUCAGCAUCCCGCCCCGGCCGGUAGGCUGUCCAGGGUGGGCUAUGGCGGCCCCCGCGACUCGUUCGGACGACGGCAGGCCGGAUUCGUGUGCAGAUGUGCCGCCGCUCCUGACGGCUUGCGACGCCGAAGAUGAUGACGGGCGACCUGCGGGGCCUCGGAGGAAAAGCGGCUGCGAUUUGGCAUCCACGGAGGACUUGGUGGAAUAUUUCGACGGGACUUUGUCUUUGUGCUUCGGGGACGAGAACCCCGCGAGCCCCCCGGCGGGCGACGGCGACAGCGACGCCGUGGCUGCGAUCGCCGAGGAAGCGCUUCUGCGGGGGGACGAGAUCUGGAGCGCCUUAACGAAAAGCUACGGGCAGACGUUUGAGAUGGAUUGGAAACAUUCCCGAACGCGCUCCCUCCACGCACCCGCGUUCACCCCGCAGGAGAUGGCGUGCGUCGCGGCGUCUACUCAGAGUCGCCGGACGAACGACCUGGCGGCGGAUACGUCCGAAGCGGACGAGCUGAGGGAGCAGCUGGACAUGCACGCCAUCGUCGUCCCGGGUCUCGGAGAGGAGCCGAUCUUCACGGCCGAGCAGGUGAUCGAGGAGAUCGAGGAGAUGAUGCAGGACUCGCUCGACGUCGAAGCCGAGGGCGAUCCUUCGCGGUCCGACUUGUCCACGCUCUCCUUGGAUUCUCGGCGGCCCGGGAGAAGUCCCAGCUGCGACCAAAGAGUGCGCGGGCUCGACGUGGCGGCGCUCAGCGAGCGUGCGGAGGAAACGGAGCUGGCCGUCAGGAGGCUCUCGGAGGAGCUGGUGCGGCAUCUGGCCCUCCGGGACGAGCUGGACUUCGAGAAGGAGGUGAAGAACGCUUUCAUCUCGGCGCUCAUCGACGUGCAGAACCGGCGGAAGGAGCGGCGAGAGGCGCUGAAGAAGAAGAAGAAGAAGAAGACCUCGAAAGCGGCGGCGCCAGUGGAGAAGCCGCUCGGAUCGCGUUUCAGCGUGGAAGGUCUCUCUUCUGUCAUCCAGAACGGCUUUCGCCAAACGUUCGGGAGCGCGUGCAGCGAAAGACAGUAUCUGACCACCGUCAUCCCGUACGAAAACAAAGGACGGCCUCCUUCCGUCGAGGACCUCCAGAUCCUGAUCAAAAUUCUGCACGCCAUGCGGGACGACAGCGACAAGGUUCCCGCUCUCUUGACAGACUACAUUCUCAAAGUUCUUUGCCCAACGUAGCCUCAGGAGGGGGAUGAAGCCGCCCGACUGCGAGGUUCCACAUAAUCAAUAUGAUUGUUUCUCCCAAACCUAAAGCACAAUUAUGUCGCAAAUGCUUCAUUUCUUCUCGAGAAUGUGCGCCGGUAUUUUAUUCAUUUACUCGUGUUUCUUGUGAUCUUAUUUUAUUUUUUUUUAUGUACCUGUGUUUGUUUGGAUUUUCAUUUCCUGUCCAAGGAAUACGACCGAGCGGCAACGCGAGCACUGCAGCUGCUCCGCUUGCGCGGCGCAAAGGGCUUUGCGUUAAUCCAAAGUGCUUACAACCUGCUGAGCAAUGAUCAAAUGUGCACAAAGCGCAACGGGGGCUUCCGGGCCUAAUCUACACUGAGGUCAACUCGUAUUAGCAACUCAGCCGCUGCAAUUUAUUAAACGGCACCGAGACUGCCAGACGCAAACAAGCAGAUCGGGCGUAUGCAGAAAGAGAUCAGGGAACACACUGCAACACAUAAUUCCGAAGUUCGCAAAGCGCCAUACUUUAUACAAACCGAUAUGCAUUCAAAUACUACCAGCAUUGCACCGACAAGCUUUUAUAGAGCUCGUGCACGUGACGUCACCAUUUUCACAGCGCCAUAUUGCAUAUUCUUCUCAAUCUCAAAUUCCCAAAAAGUAUUUAUAAUGCCAAGUUGGCUCAUUUGAGAACAAUGUGUUUAAAAAACAACCAAAAACAAAAAAAACGUACACGGAAGCGUGUUGCAGCCACAUAAACUUUGGUAAACCUCUCCCUGACAGAUGUUUUUUUUUUCCCUAAUAUGCAUUGUUCUCAAAUGAGUCCAAUGCAUAUUUAAAAAAAAGAAAAUAAACCGUCGGUCACCCAGAGGGGUACGUAAGUUAACGUGUGGCCGGAACACGCUUCCGUGUACCGGUGCUGAAGCCUAUCCCAGCGGUUUAUUUUCUU